UUUCUUUUUCUUAUAUCGCCUUGAGUCAAAGUGUAUGUACAAAUUCGCAUUGAUCUUAAAUCAAAAGAGUUUGUUAGUUUAAAUAUAUUUGAAUUAAUUAUAACAAAAGCAAAGUGUUAUUAUCCACAAUGACUGAUGUUUUAGUGCAACAACCAAAUGAAAUCGGCAAUGAUGAUAAUUUGGCUGUAAAUGUUAAUCAAGUAACUGUUGACGCCAAUGGCGAUGAAGUAAAAAAACAAAAAAAGCCAAAGCCUAAUAACAAAAAGCUGCGCCAAGCUGAAGCCGCUGCUAAAAAAGCGUUGGAAGGUACAACUGAUGAGGUUACCGAAAUGAAAAAUAUGGUUACUGUUGAAGCUGUUCCGGCAGCCGAUGGCGAAAAGAAGGCAAAUAAAAAGAAGAACAAAAAUAAAAAUAAGUCUAAUGCUGCAGGAAAAGCCAAAACAUUAGCUGCACCAACAAUUCCUAUAUCAGCUCAAUUUCCUGAUGGUAAUUAUCCUGAAGGAGAAGUUGUGCAGUAUCAUAAGCCAAAGGAUUUUCCUGAUAAUCGUACAGCUAUUGAUCGCAUGUCGAGUGAGGAAAAGCGUGCUUUGGAUCGUUUGCAUACAGAUAUAUAUAUGGAAUUGCGUCAAGCAGCUGAAGCGCAUCGACAAACACGUCAAUAUAUGCAGAAGUUUAUAAAGCCCGGCAUGACAAUGAUUGAAAUAUGUGAAGAACUUGAAAAUACUGCACGUCGUUUAAUUAAUGAAAAUGGUUUGGAAGCUGGUUUAGCUUUUCCCACUGGUUGUUCACUGAAUCAUUGCGCUGCACAUUACACACCUAAUGCUGGCGACACCACUGUCCUUGAUUAUGAUGAUGUUUGUAAAAUUGAUUUCGGUACACAUAUUAAAGGACGUAUAAUUGAUUGUGCCUUUACCUUAACUUUCAAUAACAAGUAUGAUAAAUUAUUGGAAGCAGUAAGAGAGGCCACUAAUACUGGUAUUAAAGAAGCUGGUAUAGAUGUUCGUCUAUGUGAUAUUGGUGCUGCUAUCCAAGAAGUUAUGGAAUCCUAUGAACUGGAAUUAGAUGGAAAGACGUAUCCAAUCAAAUCUAUACGUAACUUGAAUGGACACUCCAUAAGUCCAUAUCGCAUACACUCAGGAAAAACUGUGCCAAUUGUAAAAGGUGGUGAAUCUACUCGAAUGGAGGAGAACGAGUUUUAUGCAAUUGAGACUUUCGGUUCUACUGGACGUGGUCUGGUACAUGAUGAUAUGGAUUGUUCACAUUAUAUGAAGAAUUUUGAUGCACCAUAUGUGCCACUGCGUUUACAAUCUUCCAAACAACUGUUAGGAACUAUAAAUAAGCAUUUCGGAACUUUGGCAUUCUGUAAACGUUGGUUGGAUCGUGCCGGUGCUACAAAAUAUCAAAUGGCUUUAAAAGAUUUGUGCGACAAAAACAUUGUUACAGCUUAUCCACCAUUGUGCGAUAUAAAGGGCUGUUACACUGCACAAUACGAGCAUACAAUUAUGUUACGUCCCACCUGUAAAGAAGUCGUUUCCAGGGGUGACGAUUAUUAAGUUUGGUAACAAAUUAAAAAUUCAAUAAUGAAAAAAA